AUGACAUUCGCUACUGAAGAUCUUAGCAUCCAACCAGGCGGUCUGCAGACCCCCAAGUGUGGGUAUGAUACAGCCCAGAAGCCCUGCGCUACGUUCCUACCCACACCGGUCUCAGAGAAGAAUAGCCGCGGUGUGCUAUCCUUACUAGACCCUAACAAGGUCUCCUGGGUGUCACCAGCAUCGACAGUAUCGACUACGUCGUCUCCGGCAGGGUUCAACGACAUGUGGGAUUUACCCGAGACGCCCACCAAGCGGACGACCAGCGCUUCUCCACGAAGUAUCCUGACGCCUUUCACGCCUCCAACACCCCCUGAUUCUUCUAAAAGGCUGCUUUUCACCCCAAUCUCCAAGCCUAUUUUCGGCGUUGGAGUGACUCCAGCGAUUCCCGAGCCCUUUUUCCAGGAAAAGGUGACAGCGGCACAGGAUGACCCUUUCCAACCGAAGUUGUUCCGAGGCGUCACGUUGGUGCUUGAAGAGAUCUCCAAGGCAAGCGUCGCGGCUGCUACCGUCAAAUACAACAGCAACCCCACGUUCGUGUUCACGCAGGAUACUAGUGUCAGUUCACGAACACGUUCCAAGACAGCCGCCACCACAACAGUCGCUUCAUCUCUACGUACCGCUGUUCGUGAAGAGACAACCAUCGUUACAUCUCCCCAAGAUCGCAUCCAUCCGCCUUUGGACAGCAAGUUCUCGAAGCUACUAGAACAACUCGUCCCACACGAUCUCCAUGCAAGGCUGGCCAGCGCUCCGGGCUACUGCCCCGCGUCCCUCGUAAAGAGCCCCUCUCAACGAUGCAGUCACAUGGCAAAGCCUCAGGAAUCGCGUCGUGAUGUUGUUAGCGCUGUGAAGGAUAUAGCGAAGUUCAAGAGACGAGAAGACUACCGCCGUAUGCUACGCCGUGUCAAGACGAUCGUGCAGUCAGUCAUGUGCAAGACGCAUCAGGGCACGGCGUUGAACGAGAUUGAGGGUGGAUCCAGGAUAUCGCAACUGCGCAACAAGCUUGAAGGCAGGGUACACAUGACGAAACAAGAUCAAUCGACUUUUACGCGAUGGGUCAACACGAUCAGUCACCUUGAAGCAUCUACAAAUCAUGCUGCGCGACCCACGACCACUGUCAUAACAUGUAAGCCAGCUACACAAGUCAAGCGGGCAACAAAGCCCAAGUUCAGAGUGUCAACCACUGAGGCAACUGUCCGCUUCUCGUUCUCAUGCUCAUCGGGCUUCACACCUUAUCAACCAAAGAAAGUCCGGGAGCUCUCCGUGUUCUCUGCACUUUACGAAAGAGCCGCUUCUCCAUUGGGUGCCAAAGACCUGACUCCGGGUCAUGUUUACCUCUUCUGGGACAAGGCGUAUUUCGGCAUCGUCAAGAUCGGGUACACCAACGAUCUGGCUACGCGGCUCAAAGGCUGGAACACAAAGUGCAAGCGCAAGCACGACUAUCACUCCCGUAUGGAGAGUCAGGUGGUGAUGCCGCAUGUUCAUCGCGUCGAGCAGCUUAUACACACUGAGCUGAAGGAGUGUAGACUGCGAAGACAGUGUGAAGGCUGCGGUAGGCUGCAUGAAGAAUGGUUUGAAGCCAGUCAAGCGCAUGUAGUCAAGGUUAUGAAGAAGUGGCGGGAGUGGAUUCAGCAAAAGCCCUACGUGCAAGACGAAGAGUCGGGGGAGUGGGUCCUCAAGCCUGAGAUGUUUGCUUCUCUCGAGCAGAUGUGUGAGCCUCUACCCCAGGAUGCGGCUACCCAAACGCCGAGGAGGAAGAGUGCAGACAGCAUCUUCGAAGCAGCAAAGCUCGUCCGAGCCCGCUACGCGCCCGCCACCGCCGCCUCGCAAGGUGAGGCGUCCGAUCAGAUCGACACCGGAAGAGUCACCAAGACCAUCGUGCGAAACCGCGGCCGUGUCGCCGGCAACUACGCGAAGACACGAAGCAGCUACAGCAGCUUCCAGCCAAACAGCAUGGACUGGGCCAGCGAAGCCGAUUGGCUGAAGCCUUUCCUUGGUACCUCGCCGCCGCCCAAGGACCCGAUGAUGCUGAGCUCGGCCUUGAAGCCUGCCGCCAAGAUCGUCUACAUCUUGAAGCAUGAGCUCGCAGAUGAUGACGCCAUUGCUCUGCUCGCUGGCUGCGGGAUCAGCGAUAAGUCGUCCGAUGAGUUUGCUCGCGCUAGAAAGCGGACAAGGGACUAUCAGUCGGAGUUCCAGGCCGAGGUCAUGAGCGACUUCAUCUACCCCAGAGUAGCCAUGGUCAUCUGCGAAUGGAAGGAGCAGGCUGCGAAUGCUGACAAAGCCGUCGAAGACCUCACCCCGGUUGAGCGCGAAGCUCUUUGGCAGGGCGACUUCGACAAGGACCCGGAACGUAUGGCGGCCGCGAUGUGGGGAGAUGUCGGCAAGAGUAUCCCUUGGGACAAGAUCUACAAUCUCGGAUUCGGUAACGCAGAGGUGAAGGCCAAGCUCCAGGCUGUGAGAGACAUGUUCCGCGCCAAGUACGUGUUCGCUUGCGAGCAGACGUUCAAGAUGCGUUACUGCGAUCCUUCUACGCUUGAAGACGACGACGAGGCGCUUUCCUGGAUGACUCCGGCUCAACGUUGCUAUGCAAAAUGGCGCGGCUUCCGCCACGACGAGCGCUUCGCCGACGCCAUCGUGGGUUAUGCGAGCUUGCCGGUACACGGUGGACCUCCGAAUGAUCGGAGGAAGCAGUCAAGUGCUAUUGCAGUCCCGAAGUUGAAUGAGCACGACGCGGCAUUUAUGGCCGCACUCUUAAACAGUGAUUAUGAAGGGGAAGGCGAGGAAGACGACGAGGAAGUCGACAUUUUUGCCGAUUGA